GGGGGUUUAAAGGAGAGUUCCAUCAUGUUAGAAAAACAAAAUUCAAGUCCACUAGGGCUCAAUUCGAUUCAUCAAAUUCGAGCCCUAAAUUGCUACUCUCCUGAUCAAAAUCUACGCAAAUUGUGGAGAAAAUCGUGGGCCUUUCAAUUUCAAAAUUUGCCGGUAACUCAGACAACCGAUUCGUCUUGCAACCAUGACUGAGUAUUGGGUUAGCCAGGGCAAAAAAUGGUGCGAUUUAUGCAAAAUUUUCAUAAACAAUAGUACUUCCAGCAUUAGAAAUCAUGAGCUUGGCCAACGUCACAAAGAUAAUGUUACCAAGAGGCUUUCUAACAUGCGCGAUGAGAAAGUUGCCAAAGAUAAACAGAAAAAGGAAACUGCCCGUGUUCUCUCACAAAUUGAAGAGAAAGCAACUCGUAGUUAUCAAAAGGACAUAUCUACUGCAACUUCAUUAGCUGCUCCAGCUAGCAGUGAAGGGACAGAAUGGGAACAUGACACUUCAUCAGGUUAUUACUACUGUAAAAGUAAUGGUUGUUACUAUGAUCCAAACUCUGGCUUCUACUAUACCGAUGCUUUAGGUAAAUGGGUGACACAGGAAGAGGCUUUUGCUGCUGCGGCUAAACAUUCUUCCGGGCCCAUACAAAAGAAACCCAUGUUUGCUAAUGCUACACCAUCAUUGACUUCAACAAGUCAAAAUGACUCUAAAGUUCAGCGUUCGACUGUAAACCCCACGCGUUCUGUUAACAAGCCAUCAUCUCUUGCUAUAAACAAGAGAAAACGAGCAGAUAACAAACCGAAAGUUAUAUCUGAGGAGGAAGCAGCUGCACUCAAAGCGAGGGAAGCUGCACGGAAGAGAGUUGAGGAGAGAGAAAAAACUUCUCUUGGUCUCUAUAAACGUUGAAGUUGUGAGCUGGAAAUCUGGUGAUUCGGGAAACAAACGGCUUUGCUAAUGAUGCUGUACUUUUCUGUGACCGAUCCUUGUUUUGAAUCAUGAAGCUAAAAACGAAGACAAAUUUGUAAAAUGGAUUCAUUUCAUAGAUUCACAUCGAUCUGUUUUAUGAAAAAUCAUAAUUAUAUUUUUCCUAUAUAUUAACGGUCUUAUCAAA